UAUUAUUAAUAAAUUGCAUUAACUAUGGAGACUCUAAAUCUCAAAGGUUUAAAAAUCAAAGGAGGUCAGGAAAUACCUGAAAUAAGCUCUCGAGGGACAAUCUUCUGUUCAAACACUGAUAUAAGGAAGUAUAAGCAGGAAAUGGAAAAGAGGAACCAAUCAGAAGCGAGCAACAGUUUGGAGAAGAAGACUGAAGAUAGUAACUCAGAGGAAAUCAAAACAACCAGAAGUCUAUAUCGUUAUAGAAAAGACGUCUGUUACAAAUUCUUCCUUAGAAAGAUGAAAGGGUACUAUAAGCAACAAUUUAUUGAAGCCUCUAGCUUUAUUUCUUCCGAAAAUAAUAGGUUUAAGAGAGCUGAAUCACUUAAAUCAUCUAUGCUGAAGUAUUGAAAAUUAAGAGGCUUUUUGGAUAAGAGUCCUCAGUUCCCAUUUCUACUUAGCUCGUUCCUUUUUCCAAAGUACUCCCAAGAUAUCAUUAACUUGAUGAUUACUCAAAGCAACAACUCUGAAACAAGAGAGAAGCUGAAUGCACUCAAGAAGAUAAUUGAGCUUCUAAAGAACAUUUUUCAGAAUUAUUCAGAGAUAAAGUUCCGGAAAGCCAUACUUAUCCCAGAAAUAAGAUAUCUUAUGAGAAAUUUCAUCAAGGGCGUUCAGCAGGGAAAAAUAGAGGUUAGCAGUAUAGUUAAGGGAGAUUGCGAACAUGAUAAGGCCUAUAUUCAAAAGAUCUUCCAAACUAUGGAGGAAGGUAUCAACGCUCAGCUUGAAAUAGGUCGAAAUCGUAAUCAGGAUAGUCGUUAA